AGAAGGUCUGGCUGCCCAAGGCUAUGCAGGGUCUUCUUGAGCGUCUAAGGAUUGACUGCUCUGCCUGGCCAAGAAUCUGCAGAACCUCCUCCUGACAGCCUGCCUCGACUUCCUAGCUCUCCUGGUAAACGCGCUCUGCACACCGCUCCACGGCUGCUCAGGAGGCCAGGGUACUUCUGAUGCCUGGCUGCGCUGGGACUGGUGGCUCCCGGUGGGACCCCACUUCCGUUGAUGCGUCAGCUGCAUCCUUCCAACGCGCUCAGAGGCUAUGACUCAGGUGAAAGGAGUCCAUUUUGCCAGCCCCCCGCUGUCAUGCAGCCGUUCAGCAUCCCCGUUCAAAUUACACUCCAGGGUGGCCGGCGGCGCCAGGGGAGGACAGCCUUUUCUGCCUCAGGGAGGAAUAGAAACAUAGACCACAAUGAUGGAGACCUCCCAGAUGUGCACAAGAAGCUGCCAUCCAGUGCUGGAGAGGACCGAGCCGUGCUGCUAGGGUUUGCAAUGAUGGGCUUCUCAGUCCUCAUGUUCUUCUUGUUUGGAAUAACCAUUCUAAAGCCUUUCUUGCUCAGCACUCAGAGAGAAGAAUCAAACUGUACUAUCAUCCACGCUCAUAUCAUGGAUGACUGGAUGGACUGUGCUUUCACCUGUGGUGUGGACUGCCGAGGGCAGGGCAAGUACCCAUGUCUUCAGGUGUUUGUGAACCUCACCCAUUCAGGUCAGAAAGCUCUCCUACAUUAUAAUGAAGAGGCUGUCCAGAUAAAUUCCAAGUGCUUUUACACACCCAAGUGCCACCGAGACAGGAAUGAUUUGCUCAACAGUGCUCUGGACAUAAAGGAAUUCUUCGAUCACAAAAAUGGGACUCCUUUUUCAUGCUUCUACAGUCCAGACAGCCGAUCUGAAGAUGUCAUUCUCAUAAAAAAGUACGACCAAAUGGUAAUCUUCCACUGUUUAUUCUGGCCAAUGCUGACUCUGCUAGGUGGUGCCCUGAUUGUUGGCAUGGUGAGAUUAACACAGUACCUGUCCCUAUUGUGUGAAAAAUACAGCCCCCCACACAGAGAUGAGGUAGGUGGCAAAGUACCUUAUAUGGAACAGCACCGACUAAAACUGUGGAGCAUGGGGAGGAGCCCAGAAAGAAGCCGAGAAAUCUUACAAUGGUGGCCACAUUAAGGUCUUGGCCUUCGGAUGCUUGGCAAUUUUUGCGCCUGAGGACCUAAUAAUGCCUGCUUGGAGACAAACCAUGUAGAGGCAACUCAAAUUAAGUAUGAUACUUCACACAGGAAGAAACAUUUUUAAAAAGCCUCAUUAUGUAGUCCAUCUGUUCUAUAAAUAACCACAAACUCACCGUCUUUUCCUCUACCCACAUAUUCCAUGUGAGCCAAGGCAGUGCUUUUGUUCCCUCAUGGCAACACAGGCUUCGGGUAGUUGUGCUUGACCUAAUUUCGGCUCUCGUGGAACCCGUUGGUGUGGAGUACACGAUGAGGACAUCUACCUGCUGACCACUGACUGGCCAGUCUCUUUGUUGGCAACAGAGUUCACCUCAAAAUAUUUCUCAAAAAAAAAAAAAUCUUAGUGAAAAUCAAGUCAUUCACGAUCAAGUUAGGAAGAGAAUAAUCUGGUAAUUUCAAAAAAAUGUGGGCUACCAUUCUAUCUCCCCAUUCAUGAUAAAGGAGGAAAGCUGCUGCCUAGCAAAACCACUAAGUUUGGAGCUAUUCAUACUUACCCUUGCCAUGUACCAUGUAAUUUUGCUUUCAGCCACAUCUUUCUAGUUAAUUAUGCUUUCCAUAAGCUCAUUUUAUUCUCUGUGUACAUUCUGGUGGGAGUGGGAGAGACGGCCAGAAAUGUGCAGGGAGAGGCUAUACUAGAUGGAAUUGAACAUUCAUGUCAGAUGAUGCACACUGUAGACCGGUCCCCCAUGGCUAGUCAGCAAAUGUCCGAACUUUAAUUAAUGACUCAACUAUGGUUACCAACUAAUGAAUGUCACAGGGCUCUCCCAACAAGUGCUUUUCAGAGUAAGCUGAAUAUGAGUUGAAAAGAGUUUGUUCUGAAAACCAACGUGCCUUAAAGUAUCUUUAAAUUUUACUAAAAAGUCAUAUAUCACGGACAUUAUAAUGAGACUUUUGAAGCAACUUUUAUAUGCAGAUGUAAUCAAAACAGAAGUUUGCCUCUAAGUCAAUAUUAUGCUUUUUCAUAUGAAUUCAAGUCACAAAUAACUAGACUGGAUAAUUAGAGCAAUAUUGACUUCACAAAAAAUAAAAAAAUAAAAAAAAAUAAAUAGAAAUCCUGUGGUGGGGGGGAAAUAUUGACUUCACAAGUAAUGAACAAUUUUGGUGCUUUCUCUUCUUUCUAGUGUGGAAUGGUAGAAAAAACACAUGUCUCAGAGGAUUUUAUGUGAAUUCAUAGGCCAUCAUUACAGCUUUUCAGAUAUGUAUCCUUGGGCAAUUCUGCUCAACUGCAAUGAAUGUUCAAGCCUUUCUCUUCUCACUUAUAAAAUGAGGACAAUCUCUUCCUUUAUAGGGUUAAGGAAUAAACAAGGCAGAGUAUAUAAAAUACCUUGCUCAACUUCUGACAUCUAGUAAAAGUCCUCAAAAACAUUAGUAGAUUUAAAAAAAAAUUGUUUUCUAAGUUUCAAUGUUUAGCCAGCCUUAUCCCUCUUCGGGUAUAUACCCAAAGGAACCUCCAGUACCUCCAAGAAACAAUCUGCACUCCCCAGUUCAGUGGAGCAUUACUGACAGUAGCCAAGAUAUGGAACCACCACUGUCCAUCAACAGAUGAAUAAAU